UGUGUGAUGAAUAAUGUUUAAAAUAAUCAAAAUUAGAUGACAAGUACAAUUGCAAUAGUCAUUGCACUUUCCUUAAUGAUCAAUGGAAUCGAUCUGCUUUAUAAUCCUAAAUUAAUCACAGACGAACAUCCAGAAUCGAAGUUAACCUUUCUUUUGUCAACAUGUUUGUUGCUGAAGAGAAUAAGCUUAUUACCAAGUUUCAUUUGGAAGAUAUUCUUGCCAGGAUAUUUAAUUUUGGAAAUUCCAUUGUCAUUAAUCUUUUUAGAAAGUGCACUUCUCUACGUAUGGACGCCGUUCAAAGACUGUUUACUCCUUCACUCGGAUGAUAUCCUGGUACAUUUGUACGAGAAUAUGAACCUCGAGUGGCUCAUAUGUCCUAUGUGUUGUGAUAAAAGUGACUGCUCCUACGCUUUUGCUACCCUGGUUGUUAAAGUGAUGAGUUUCAUGCUGUUGUUGUCAAUCUGUUUUAUGACAAAAAAGUAAUGUUUUUUAAUAAUUAUUUAA